AUGGCUAGUCUCAUCGCCAAGUGGGUGAGCAAGAAGAUCUUGGCGGAAAAGGUUGAGAACAAAUUUGGUCGCGAAGAUCCCUACUUCGAGACCGUUCCGGCCACCAGACUUGAUGGUCGUCCCACCAAGAAAGUCAAAAAGCGCAGAAAGGCCCUCCCGCCGGGAAUCUCCGCCAAAGAUGGAGAAGUCUUGACCAAGGUCAAGCGGCGAGCGUAUCGUCUCGACAUGUCGCUAUUCAGCCUCUGUGGCGUCCGCUUCGGUUGGAGCAGCGUCAUCGGAAUCGUUCCUGCUAUUGGUGAUGCUCUCGAUGCAUUCAUGGCCCUGAUGGUGUUCAAGACCUGCAACAAAGUUGAGGGUGGGCUGCCGGGUUCGCUCAAGUCCAAGAUGCUGUUUAACAUUAUUGUGGACUUCGCCAUUGGCCUGGUACCCUUUAUUGGUGAUAUUGCCGACGCCGCUUUCCGCUGCAACACCAAGAAUGCCAUCCUCCUGGAAGACUAUCUUCGCGAACAAGGCAAGAAGAAUCUUCGACGGAGUGGAGCGCCCGUACCCGCAGUCGAUCCCAGCGAAGCAGAUGAGUUUGAUCGCUGGGAUGAUGACCGCACACCACCCGAGUAUGUUGAAGAGGAACCGCGCAGUCAUGGAAACAUGUCAUCAGGUCGUGGCGGAAGCCGCCAACACUCGUACAACGGACGCGCCCCAGCUGCACCUGCUCCGGUUAAGACACGCGACGUCCGGUCUGGCGGUGGCCGGGGUUGGUUCGGGUUUGGUCGAUCGAGAGUGGAGGAUGAGGAGACGGGCUAUGCUGGCCGUGACCCCAGAGACAGGCCUUCUCGGCGUUGA